UGUUUUGCUUGCCACUUCAUAACAAAUAAUUUUUUUAGUUCAUUUAAAAGUAUUAGAACUUGAAUAUAAAUGGCACUGAGAUUUUUAAGUCGGUUUCCCCUUACGACGACAAGAAUACAAAAUAAAUAUAUUCCUAGUGUAGUAGCAGCACAAAAAUAUGCAUUUGCCACCCAGAACUCCGACAAAUUCAAUGGCUAUGGUCGAAGAGAGAAAUCAAGUUGGCCGUCCUUUAUGUCAGCAGGUUGUUGCGUAGCCGUGGCUGCGGCAUGGGGAGCCUACACAUAUCUAAGGUGUGAUUCAAGUAUUUGGCCCACCGUGGAGGCCAAAACAUUACCUAACUUGAGUGGCAGGCGUAAGCAAUACAACUUCAUAGCAGAUGUUGUCGACGUAUGUGCCGAGUCCGUCGUUUACAUUGAGAUAAAAGAUAACCGGCACUUUGAUUACUAUACCGGCAAACCACUGACGGCUUCUAAUGGUUCAGGUUUCAUCAUUGAAUCGGAUGGCACUAUCCUAACAAAUGCCCAUGUGGUCAUAAACAAACCUCAUACCAUGGUGCAGGUGCGUUUGCACGAUGGUCGUGUCUUUCCUGCCAUGGUAGAGGAUGUGGAUCAAACUUCUGAUUUGGCCAUUAUACGCAUAAAUUGUAAAAAUCUGCCCGUCAUGAAACUGGGAGAAAGUUCCAGUUUACGUUCCGGUGAAUGGGUAGUGGCAUUGGGCAGUCCUUUAGCCUUAAGCAACACAGUUACAGCUGGUGUCAUCAGUUCUACACAGAGACCUUCGCAGGAAUUGGGUUUGGGAAAUCGUGAUAUAAACUAUUUGCAAACAGAUGCUGCCAUUACAUUUGGUAAUAGCGGUGGGCCACUUGUCAAUUUGGAUGGCGAAGCCAUUGGUGUAAAUUCAAUGAAAGUGACGGCUGGCAUAAGUUUUGCCAUACCCAUCGAUUAUGUGAAAUUGUUCUUGGCAAAGGUGGCCGAUCGAAGAAAACGUAGUCCGGGUAGUAAACAGCAAUAUCCUGCCAAACGUUACAUGGGCAUAACCAUGUUGACCUUGACCCAUGACAUUCUCAAUGAAUUAAAAUCGAGAGCACAAAAUGUACCACCCAAUCUAACGCAUGGUGUUCUUGUGUGGAAAGUUAUUUUGGGUUCACCGGCUCAUGUUGGUGGCUUAAGUCCUGGUGACAUUGUCACCCAUAUUAAUGGCAAAGAAAUCAAAACUUCUUCAGAUGUAUAUGAGGUUCUGGCAGCUAACUCAAAAACUUUAGACCUUACCAUCUUUCGAGGACUUAAAAGAAUGACCGUGUCCAUAAGCCCUGAGGAUCCAUAAAUUAAAAUCAGCGCCCACAUCAUGACCUUAUUCAAUUUUGUAUUUUUUUAUGUAUUAGUAGCGACCUUAAAAGUUUCCUGAUAGAGCUAUACAAAAGAACUUGACUUAAUAAAUCAAUAUUUAUAU